AUGGCAUCCUCCACAGAUCCAAUUGAUCUCACCACGGAACGCAAUCUGGAACCCGCACUUCUCGAAGCCAUUGGAUCCGCGAAAGCCUCGACACUCCGACAGAUUCUCAUUGAAGUCUGCAUGAAGUCUGAAGUUGGUAGCAGCCUUGUUCGAGAAGCAAUGCUUGUUCCCGGACAUGUAGACACCGCCGCCAAUGCAUCAUCAACGACGAAGAAGAGGAAGCUGGAGAAACCAGUCGCACGUUUCGCGCAUUGCGUACAGUGCGAGAAAGAUUUCGACGUGCUGUUGAAUGAGAAGCAAGGGCAGGAACAAGCAUGUCAGAGACACGACGGAGAGUUGGAAUUGGACGAAGACGCGUUUCCAGAUGAUGAUGAUCUCAACGAUGGCCACGUUCUUGAUGUCGACACUGACUGGCGAGUGAAUGUCUUUCCACAGCAUUUCACAUGGUCCUGCUGUGAACAGAAGGGUCGGGAAGCGUUUGGGUGCGUGCGCAGUAGGCACUCCCGCUCGCAUACUGGUGAAGGUCAAGGUACAGUGUAUUACCGGGCCAAAUCGGGGGGAUACGAGACCGAAGAUCACAGAUACGAUGAUUGA